AUGGCAGCUCCACAAGGGGGUUACCCUCCUCAGGAAGGGUACGGCCAGCCUGACUACGGCUCCCCGGACCCUCAGCAACAGUCGCCCGUCCCCGCGCAAGGUGCGCCUGCCCCUGUCGCCGCCGGAGGAAAGAAGAAGAGAGCCUAUGCUGGCGAGGCCUUUGAUUUCGGCUCCGGUGCCAAUGCUGCGCUCGGUGGUCAGCCCACGGCUGGAGGUGCCUAUGGUGCCUACCCCCAGCAGCCACAAGCCCAGGCCAUGGGAUAUCAACAACCGGCAUAUGGCGCCGACCCAAGCCAGAUGCAGCCCGCAGCAGCAGCCUACGCUCAGCCCGCGCCAGAUGUAGCGCAAAUGACCCAGCAGUUCGGUGGCAUGGGCAUGGCCGAGCCGCACCAUAUGCCCCCGCCUCAGCAGCAGCCCGUGGUGCAACCAGCUCGCCAGGUCCAACUUAAUCAACUCUACCCGACAGACCUCAUCUCUCAACCCUUUAACGUCGCGGAGUUGGACUACCCUCCGCCUCCCAUCGUUCUGCCCCCGGGAACCAGUGUUUACCCCUCCCCCGAUGCCAAUUGCCCUACGAAAUAUAUGCGGUCCACCCUGAACGCUGUGCCGACAAAUAAUUCUCUCCUUAAGAAGUCCAAAUUGCCCUUCGCUCUGGUGAUUCAGCCCUAUGGAGCUCUUCACGACCAGGCGGACCCCAUUCCCGUUAUUCCGGAUCAAGUGAUUUCACGAUGCAGACGCUGCCGGUCUUACAUCAACCCCUUCGUCACCUUCCUCGACCAUGGCCACCGCUGGCGUUGCAACAUGUGUAACCUCACAAACGACGUGCCCCAGGCGUUCGAUUGGGAUGCGACACUGCAGAAGCAGGCCGACCGCUCUCUGCGUUCCGAUUUAAACCACAGCAUGGUGGAGUUUGUUGCUCCCCAGGAGUACAUGGUCCGACCCCCUCAGCCGCUUGUGUACCUCUUCUUGAUCGACGUUAGCUACUCCUCCGUCACCAGUGGUCUGCUGGCUACCAGCGCACGCUGCAUCAAGGAGAGCCUCGACCGUAUUCCCAAUGCAGACCGACGGACCAGGCUGGGCUUCAUUGCCGUGGACUCGAGCCUGCACUACUUCAGUAUCCCUCGGGAUCAAUCAGAAAGCUCCGAGGCCCGGAUGCUGGUUGUCAGUGACCUCGAUGAACCCUUCUUGCCCAUCCCCACCGAUCUUCUCGUGACGCUGAGCGAAUGCCGGGAGAACAUUGAGACCUUCCUCGACAAGUUGCAGGAGAUGUUCCAGAACACCCAGAACAACAGCUGCGCUAUGGGCUCGGCUUUGCGGGCUGGUUACAAGCUGAUCUCCCCCGUUGGAGGUAAGAUGACUGUUCUGAGCGCUUCUCUGCCCAACAUUGGCCAUGGCGCUCUCACCAUGCGUGAAGACAAGAAGGUGCUGGGCACAAGUAAAGAGUCGGCUCUUUUGCAAACGGGCAACUCGUUCUACAAGAGCUUUGCAGUCGAAUGCUCCAAGGCUCAGGUGUCUGUGGAUAUGUUCCUCUUCUCUUCGCAGUACCAGGACGUGGCAUCUUUGAGCAACUUGCCCCGCUACACUGGUGGUCAGACCUACUUCUACCCCGGCUGGAAUGCCGCCCGGAGUGAAGACGCCGUUAAGUUUGCUCGGGAGUUCUCCGAGUACCUCUCGUCAGAGAUUGGUCUGGAGGCCGUUCUCCGUGUGCGUGCCACCACCGGUCUUCGCAUGAGCACUUUCUACGGAAACUUCUUCAACCGCAGCUCCGACCUCUGCGCAUUCCCCGCCUUCCCCCGUGACCAGGCAUACGUGGUUGAGGUGGCUAUUGAUGAGACUGUCGCGAAGCCGGUCGUCUGUCUGCAAGCUGCCGUUCUUCACACCACCUGUAACGGCGAGCGUCGCAUCCGUGUCCUCACUCUGGCUCUGCCUACUACCACCAACUUGGCAGACAUCUAUGCCUCUGUUGAUCAGCAGGCUGUUGCGACCUUCUUCAGCCACAAGGCCGUUGAGCGUACGUUGAGCAGCGGUCUCGAGCCUGCUCGCGAGGCUCUCCAGGCCAAGCUCAUUGAGCUGUUGACCACUUACCGCAAGGAGCUUGCUGGCGGCAGUGUCAGCGGCGGUGGCCUGCAAUUCCCGGCCAACAUGCGUGGCCUGCCCGUGCUGUUCCUGGCCAUGAUCAAGAACCUUGGUCUCCGCAAGUCUGCCCAGAUCCCUACGGAUAUGCGAUCUGCCGCUCUCUGCCUCUUGUCGACUCUGCCCCUGCCCCUCCUCAUCCAGUACAUCUACCCCAAGAUGUACUCUCUCCACGACAUGCCCGACAAUGCAGGCAUUCCAGACGAGCAGACCGGCGAGAUCGUUCUUCCUCCCGCCAUCAACCUGUCGUCCAAGUCUAUUGCCAACUACGGUCUGUACCUGAUCGACGACGGCCAAACUCAGUUCCUGUGGGUUGGCCACAACGCCGUGCCCCAGCUCAUCGUGGACGUGUUCGGUGUGGCCAGCAAGGACGAACUGCGGGUGGGCAAGCAGACCCUCCCCGAAGUGGACAACGAGUUCAACCAGCGCGUGCGCAACGUAGUCGAGAAGAGCCGCGACCACCGGUCCAAGGGCGUGGGCAGCAUGAUCGUGCCUCACCUGUACGUGGUUCGCGAGGAUGGCGAGCCCGGCCUGCGCCUCUGGGCACAGUCGACCCUGGUGGAGGACCGGGCAGACCAGAGUCCCAGCCUGGAGCAAUGGAUGGGUACUUUGCGGGAGAAGGUCGUGCAGUAA